AGCAAAAGUUGCUUCGACAUGCUCAUCAGAUCUGGCUCCUGCUGAUAACGAUGGCGCUACCUGACUAUCGACCUCCAAGGACAACAUGGCCAAGCUCGGCGCGGCAGCGGCCAAACUCAAGACAAAAGCCCUGAAGUCUGUGACGAGAAAUAAGACGAUCAAUUCGCAACUGCCCAACAUCUCUGAUGACUGGCUGGCGAAGCCUAUCGUGGGCCCCAGGAUCAGGGCGACCACGGGCGGAAAUGGUGGACCUCAACUCACAUCCCCAUUCAAGAGGGAACAAGAUGCGUCCCUAGCUGAGAGAAUGAAGCUCCGCGAACAGCGCAGAAGACUAAUGUUCAGAACGACGAAUACCACCGUCGGACCUACCCCUUGGUCACCUUUACGACAGGCAGAGCUGAAGAUACUCUCCAGGCUGCAGCGGCAGCGACAGCGACGUGUACGAAAAGGAUCACGCUGGUCAAAGUUCCGGUCGGGAUACAAAGCCGACAGAUCUCUCCCGGAUGGCAUGCAAAUUGCCAAUAUCAAUCACUUGCGCUCUCUGCUCAGUCUCGACGGUAGCAGACCAUCUUGUGAUGUUACUUUUGUCUCGAUUGACUGCGAGUUCACGCAGGUCAAGGGUACGCAGUAUGUCACUGAGAUUGGCAUCACUACCUUGAGGGCAAGCGAUGUCACGAACACUGCGCCGGGGUUGUUCAUCCGAGAUUGGACGUCGAAGUUGAAGCAUCACCACAUGAUCGUCAACUACGGCAAGGCAGCACGAUGGAAAGAGAAAUCCGCACUUUUCGCUCAAAGUCAGCACGUCUCCGGUCGCGACGCCAGCAUCGCAGUGCAGAAACUCAUGAAAGGAAUGAUACCAUCUGACGCUGACUCUCAGGGCUACUUCGCCUUGGUCGGACACUCUACGUGGAGUGACAUCAAUGCAAUGAUCAAAUGUCCAGACCUUGGAUUCGACAUUCGGACAAUCGGCGGGCCAGGGCUCAAGCUGCUCAACGUCUUCGACACAUAUUGGCUGGGAAUGGACGCAAAGCGAGAAGGGGCAGACCUAUCCGGCUUAAGUCUUGGGACCAUGGCCAAUUCCAUCGGCAUCGACCCGUUGUAUCGAUCCCAGGACGCCGUCAUAGGCUGGCACAACGCCUCCAACGACGCGGCAUACACGAUGAUGUGUCUCCUGACCUUUGCCGCCGACUGGAACAUCAUGAUCGGGAACGAAACUCGCAGCGCCGUCGUACAAGACGAGAUACGCUGUGCCGAAGCCGCACAUACAGCUGAAUGCACCGUGCUAGCUAACGGUAAAAUCCAGCGCGCUGGGAAGGCCUACAAAAGCUACGAUCUGGAAGCGAGAAGGUCAGCUCGCCGGAAUGCGUUGAACGAAGCGAGAGAACUGCUUCUCGCAACGCGGAGUACGACUUCUUUAUCGUCCUCGUCCUCGUGGUCGUCUUCGUGGUGGUCUUGGCUCAAAGGGUUGUUCUCGUCACAAACGAGGUCUGCCAAUGAGGUGGCGGGCAAAAUGGCCGAACGGCUCGUGGACGGAGAGAAGAGGAAGUAUGAAUCGUAUCUGCGUCAAGGGGACACGAACGCCGGCGGUAAGGGCCGCAUUUUCAGGGUCUCAGGAAGAGAAAGUGCACAAGGCGAGAUCGAGCACGAACCUGAAGGAACCACACCGGAAGCGAAGGAAAUACCGCAAGUCAAGACUAAGCGCGGGUCUAAGGGCACCAAAUUGGAGGCACUUACGCUUGCCAUGAAGCAGAGGCUGCUCGACGCCGUUGUUGGCGUUGGGCCUCCUCAGUCAAGCGGUGGCAACAUGACCACCGCGAAGGAUGUUUCUCACGUUGAGAGCGAACGUGGAACGCAAGCUAUAAAUGACCAUGACGGGAAAGCACCGCGACAACCGAGAGCAGCGAGAUCAUCGCGAGACCCGAGAGCAGCAAGACCAUCGCGAGACCCGAGAGCAGCGAGAGUCGAGAGAGCACCAAGGAUACCGAGACCACCGAGACCACCGAGAACGCCGAGAACGCCGAGAACUCCACAGGCCGAGACCAAACACGAAGCUGAGAACGUGGAAGUCGACGAGGGGAUGAGUACAGAGGUAGUUUCACAAGUCGAAGCCACACAUCAAUCUGAGGAUGUGGAAUUGGAUGAACGCCAGAGACCCGAGGAGGUAGUAGGUAUUGAGGCCAAAACCAAGCCUAGAAACGCGAAACUGGAUGAAGAAAUAAGGGCAAAACAAGUCCUCCAAUUCCAGACCAAGGCCAAAACUGGAAACGUGGAACUAUACGGUAUUCGAGCAACAACACCCCGACCCGACGCGACACAAGGACCUCCAGACAUCUCACCACCUUCCCGCCCACUCCCCCAAACUCCACUCUGCCACGGCACCCUCUGCCAACCCUACCUUUGCCCCGGCCCCAUCCGCAUCGCCAAUCCUCCACCCGCCAUCGGCCCCGACGACGCUCCCAUCCUUCGCAGCAGCAAACGCCAAAGAAUCCACAACCGCAUCGUCUGCGAAACGAGGGCGUCGGUGUGGUGGAAACACGUCCCGCUGUACGCUUCGGAGCAACUUCAAGUGGCGUUUUACGAGGAUGUCAAGGAGAGGGAGGAGAGGGAGUUGGGGAGGUUUGUGGGGAGGACGGCGUGGUGGGAGAUGACUUGGCAGACUGUGGUCGCAAUGCACUGUGGUCGCAAUGCUGAUCCGUGCUCGACUGCUUUCGCCCACGAUGCCAAGCGUAGGUGGCUGGUUUAUGCAUCACAGCGGGCAGAACGGGCUUGA